GAGCAUGCACCGCAAGAACGCCGUAAGAUGGCGCAGUGGCAGUGGCAAAUUCACAUACAGUAUGGAAGGCCGCACCACCAAACUAGAAGCUCCUGGAACGUUCCCGGCUAUUGUUAAGUCACAAUGGAACAUUUCGACAGAAGUGGAGUCGAUAGCUAUGUCAGGCAGGUACACUUUGGGACGGUUGUAGCAUAGACGGCUGAAACUUUACCUCCAAAGGAAGCAGCGGUGACGGCGUGAGGCUCACAGAUUUUCCAGUAGUACCUGACUGACGAAGCUUGAUUUUGUCAGUGCUAUAUCCGUGUUUCCCUGUACGAAAUACAGUGACUAACCGCCACGAAAUUUGAAUUGACCAAAAGGCUCUACGGAUGAAGAUGGAAGUUAAGCUAUUGCCCGCAUCGCAAUGUUGAUGCGGCCCUCCAGGGACAUGUUCCACACAGACGCAUCUGAUC